AUGGGUGGAAUGAAGGAAUUGUGUGGAAAAGUGAGAGAAGCAUGUGAAGAGUACGGUUGCUUUAUGGUGAGGUAUGAUGGUGUCCCUGCUGAGCUACAUAAAGAGAUGUUCAUGGCCAUGAAGGAUUUGUUUGAUCUUCCAGUUGAGACCAAGCAGAAGAACACAAGUCACCUACCAUACCGUGGGUAUAUUGGUAAUUCAAAGGUGGCUUCUCUGUUUGAGAGUCUUGGCCUCGAUGAAGCAGCUCAAGCUUUCACUCAACUCAUCCAAACUAUAAAUAGUUGUAUCAGUGGAAAGAUGCAGGAGCUGGAACUACUGAUCCUGAGAAUGAUAUUAGAGAGCCACGGUAUGCCGAAAUUCUUCGAUGCGCUUGCAGAGAUCUCCCGCCCUGUCUUUCAAAUGAUGAAAUAUAAACCACCGCCGGCAAGUGACGAUGCAGGCCUUGGCCUGGAUGGGGAAGUGAUUGAGGUGCCCAGUGAGAUGGUGGACAACAAACACCCACUUCUCUUCCGACCCUACAAAUACACCGAUUUCGUCAACUAUUCCAACUUCAAUGUCAACAGAAACCCUUCAAGUACAUCAACUCCAUUUUUCUGGUGUUUCAAAGUGUUUCAUAUGAUUUAUGGAGAGAUAUGUUGUGAGUGA